AUGCGUCUGCUAAGCGCCAAAACUCUCAAACUGAUCGAUUUUCCACCCGACGAAAUCCCACAGUAUGUGAUUCUCUCGCAUACCUGGGGAGUGGAAGAGGUCCUCCUCAGUGACAUUGAAGAUCCUACCGCAAGAACAAAGAAAGGAUGGGCCAAAGUCGAAUCGACCUGCGAUCAGGCCAUGAAAGAUGGAUUCCAGUACGUCUGGAUCGAUACGUGCUGCAUCGACAAAACGAGCAGCGCGGAGUUGUCGGAGGCGCUGAAUUCGAUGUUUUUGUGGUAUAUGAAUGCCGCCCUAUGCUACGCGUACUUAUCCGAUGUUCCGGGAAAUUGUGACGUUGAGCAGAAAGACUCGGAGUUUGAGAACAGCAAGUGGUUUACGAGAGGCUGGACCCUUCAGGAACUGCUGGCAUCGUCGAAGAUUAUUUUCUUCUCGCACGAGUGGGUGAAGAUCGGGAUGAAAAGUACCCUGACAGCGACCUUGUCUCGAAUCACCAAUAUCGACGAAGAGGUGAUCGAGAAUCCGACCCUGCUGGACUCGGUAAGCGUCGCGAAGCGGAUGUCCUGGGCUGCACAUCGAAAGACUACCCGCCCAGAAGACGCGGCAUACUGCUUGAUGGGGAUCUUCUCGGUGAACAUGCCCAUGGUGUAUGGCGAAGGAGAGAAACGGGCGUUUAUACGACUCCAGGAAAAAAUCAUGAAACAGUACGACGAUCGCUCGAUAUUCGCAUGGUAUGACCCUGCGGCUAGCCCGGACACUCAGCACGGCUUGCUGGCCACGUCUCCCGCUCAAUUCGCCUUCUCGCACAACAUUGUGGCAUAUAAUCCGUGGGAAUCUUGUGCUCCAUUCUCAAUGACCAACCGAGGUCUUCAUAUCGACCUUCCUAUUGUAGUUUGGGACCAAGCCACUGAUACCUAUCUUGCAUCUCUGGACUGCGUCGUGGAGGCCGAAGACAACCCCUACUCAGGCUUUGUAUCGAUCGUCCUCAAACGCGUAUCCUCAAUGGACGACCAAUAUGUGCGCACCAGCAUCAACCAACUGAAGUACAUCGAUGCACGCGGAGCGACCACACCCCUCUACGUCUACCAGAAGAUUGCACCGCCCAGCCCACAGCAACGUUUUCCUAUGCCCAUCUUUCAACUGCCACAGUCUUCGGCAAUGAGUAAAAAUGCGGUUUUAUUUGUUCGAAAGGGUGUACGCGUGGAGCCACCCAGCCCUGCUUUAGAGAUGCAGUACUUCCCAUCCAAGAAAGGAUCAAGGAGAAUGGACAUUUGCAUCGUCUUGGGCACAUCUUCUGGAGCAACCGUCGUGGUCAUGCUGGCAAUGCAAAGUGCCAAUGUGCUCACCUUUGGCGCCUUUGAACCCACUGAUCGGCGUUCUUGGAGUGUCAAUGAUAUACCAUACCUUAGCGAGAUGUUCCAACCCCAGGUCGUGGGCACGUGGAUCAAGUUGGUCUGUCGGCGUGUAGGGGUGGUGGCUAAUAUCGUCGUGAAGCACGGGAAAAGGUGGUGCUCGGUCUCACACAUUUCUCUUGCGGAGGCCUGA